CAAUCAAGUCAUUACGAGUCACUCAAAUUAAAAGUGUCAGAAUGUCUCGUUAAUUAGGCGAAUGCCUAAGUCAAUAUUUUUGUUGGUUUACACGCAAAACAAGCGACAUGAAUGAUGACGUACAAAGUGAAUUGUUAGAUAAUGAGUUUCGUCAAAUUCUCCUCGCCAUCAAGCCCCACAUCAACCACAUCGACAACCAUUACCACCUAGAACGGUACAGGGUGUGGCUGGAGCGCUUAAGCAACGCCCAUUGCACCGAACGGGCGGAGCGCAACAAGUACCUACUCGAGCUGGCCAAUCAGAUCCACGACAACGUGCUAGAACCGCCCUUCACGUACAACCCGCCCCGUGGGCUCCUCCCACGAAUAAAAACCUUCCAGCGCUUGCAAAUCGACCCAGCGCAAAUUUCCGACAAGUUUUUCCAAAACGACCAAAACCAAUGGCCCUUUAUUGUCGCAUCACAAUCUAACCGCAACUUAAAUAAAAAUAAAAACAACACCUGGCCGCAAAAAAAGAACAAACCGAUCAAAACGAAAUUAAUGCGGCCGUUCCAAAAACUGGGGUCCGUGGGACAAGGGGAGGAAAAACAGUCAGAAACGAGCGGCUCAUGGUACGAUUUGGCCGAAACCACGUCCGAAACGCACGCAUGUGGCGACAAAGACCAGGAGGACGAUGGGAAUAACAAAUUAGGGACGCAACACUUGAUGGAAGGCUUGAAAACCAAAGAAGAGUUUGCCAAAAAAUACGAGCAAGAGAAAUGUAAAGGGGGUGGUAGUUUCAAUUCUGAGAAAUUUCUAGCUGAGGAAAGCUCUAACCGCAAGCCCACGGCCCAGGAACUAGAAGCGCUUAAGAUGAGAAUGAAGGAUUUGCUUGAGGUCAAGAACGCGCUCAGAGACACGCACUGUCUGACGCAAGACAGGAAAAAGACACUCGAGACGCUCCAAGUGAAAUUAUCGGAGGCGGAGCGAGAAAAGGCGGAGCUACAGGUGAUACUAGACUCGCAGAAAAAAAAGUUUGUGGAGUUGGACAAAAUCAAGAGUAAAGAAAUGAACGAAUUCAAGGAAAAGUUUGCCCACUUGAGGCAGAAAGAGGUCGACUAUUUGAAAAAGUACCACAAGGACGAAGUGGCAAGUUUGGAAAAGUCGUACAGUUGCAAAAUUAGGGAAUUGGAGGCGAGGAUUGAUAGUUUGAGGGAGGAGUACGAGGCGAAAAUUAAAACUCUGAGUGAUUCAAACAUGAGUUUAUUACAAGAGAAGGAGCAAAGAAUACACGAACUUCAGAGCGAGUUGAAGAUUAGGGAGAGCCAACAAACGAACCAGGCAAAUUCUGAGCAAAUUUUAAACCUGAAAAAGUGUCUCUCGAGACUGGACAAAGUCCUGCACCGGAACGAAAAAGACUACUCGAAGAAAAUCGAAAAGUUGAAGGAAGAGCUUGACUUGAAGGAAGUGACAAGUCAGGUGCAACUCCAGGCCCAGAAGGCCGAUCUAAUCGUGCGAACCUCGGCCGCAAAACAGGAAGAACUGAGAAACGCGCUAAACAGCCUCGAAAGCAAGUACAAGAAAAUGGUCGAGACGGUCCAGACGGCAGCUUUGGAGGCGAAAAAACGGGACGAGAAAAUGAUCGACGAGCUAAGGGGGCUGCUGCAGAAGCACAACAUCCAGAUUGCGUACACUGUGUAAUUGUCUGAAUAAAUUGAUUUCAAGUGUU